UUUAAUAUCGUAUUUUAUAGCCAUAUGUAUUUUUAUAAAGCAGGUACAAAGUGUUAAUAUAAAUAUUAAUAAACAGUGGGGUAAUGAUUGUCCGAAAAUGUGUACCUGUAAGAACACAGAUUUUGCAGAUUUACCAAUGGUCAAAUGGAUGAAUGAUGGAGUACAGUCCAAACUAGAAACACUUAUAUCUAAUUCUAAUUCACGAAAUGAAGUAAUUGAAGACAAUGAAGAAAAACCAACAUCUCAUUAUGAAAUACAGUUAUUUAAGACUGCUUUAUGUUUAUUUAUGAAUGUUACAAAACCAAAAUACUUUUUAAAUUUGCUUCCAUUAGAUACAGAGGUAAAUAUCUAAAUAUUAGAACUUAUAAAAUAGUGAUUCCCAAACUUUUCAACCAUGGAGCUUUUUUUUAACCAGUAUUUUCUUGUAGUACCCAGAGAAAUAUUUAAUGUUACAUUUUUUUAUUUG